CUUGGGGGGGCAUUUCCCAUUUUACCUUCAUUUCAACUCGCGCAUUUGUCCAUUUGACAGCGCUCCCUUGUUCGAAAACCCAGUUGGAGAAUGGUCCACGGAAGGAGGACGAGAGGGUGGACCGCGGCUGCGCUGGCUGUUGCCGUGUCGUUCCUUGCUACCUCGCCACCAAAUGUCGAUGCUUUGGAAGUGGGCUUGCCUCGGGGCAGUUUUAUGAUGGCCCACGGACCCGGCUCGAUUAAAAUAUGGGGUGGAUCGAAAACGAGCUCCUUUAACCAGACCCUUCUCCCUUACAACCGCCAACUUGCAGAGACGGACGUCACGGUCUACUAUACAGACUCGAAAUUCAAUGUCUCCACGAGGCCUAUUACGCCGUACAUGGCAGCAAGCAUGUCCAUGACAUGCACCGAUUAUCAAGAUAAGCGGGCUUGCAUUGCGGGCAUGUCCAUGUUACAAGACGCGACGGACGGAACAGUUUUAACAAUGCUCAAUCCUAAUAAUUUUGCGGACCAAAAUGUGACUGCAAUUGGUGCCAUGACUCCACGAUGGAGUAUGUGCGGGGGUCUGUUGGGGGACAAGUGGUAUCUGUUUGGUGGUCGUGGAGCUGCCACCAAUACCACGUAUUUUGAUGAUUUUUUUGUUAUCAACUUGGCAACUAAAACCCUCGAGUCAACCGUUACUGCUCCUGCUGUAAAGCGGGGCAGUGCUUGCAUGGCACCUGCUGACUCUACCUCUCUUGUGCUCUACGGUGGAGGCGGAGCAGACGGCGUGUAUGACGAUACUUGGAUUUACAAUGCCAAUACCAACCAGUGGCGGAACAUCACAACUGAUGCCAAGGCCAAGGGUCGAUACCCUGAAGCUCGGUUCGCUGCAGAGUGUGUAUUCAUAAAUGGCAACCUGUACAUGUUUGGGGGAGCAAAGAUCUUUAACCAGGCCACGAACGAGAUUUGGAGAUUUGACGUCCCGAGCCUUUCGUGGCAGUUGGUAUUCCCGCCGCUCAAUGGUGGCUCAUCGACUAGUAUCGUCAACCAAGCCUCGCCAAGGUACUAUCCAGCAGUCCUCGGCAUAGGGGAUCUGUUGGUAGUCUUUGGAGGCCGUGAUCUGGAGGGAGAUGCCCGCGCUUCAGAUGAUCCAAACAUGUACUUUUUUGACGUUAAGCAGAGCAAAUGGGUUGACGAUGCAACGGCCUUUGCUGCCCUCAAAGGUUCCGCAAAUCAAAAUAACGGCGGUGGCGGAGGCGGCGGAGGCGAUGGCGGAAGCAGCAAAACACCUAUUAUCGCCGGUGUUGCGGGUGGUGCAGUUGCGCUGCUAUUGGCCAUCGGUGGAUUCGUAAUGUACAAACGUCGACGACCAGCAGCAUCAAAACCAGUUAACCUGGAGUAUGCGGUUGUUCAAGCCAACAAACCCAACGACGUUGUACAGGGUUCUGGUCAGCCGCCCCGACCUCCUUCUCCGUCAGUACCGCCUGCUUCGCAGUUGGGAGCUUCCGCGCGACCAUUAUCGCAGGAGACGAUUGUCGUACCUCCUCUGGUGCCUGGCCAGACAUCCCCGGCAGCUGCCCAAGACUAUUAUAUGACAUCUACCCCUGCUCAACUGUAUGGAUCCGCUGCGGCCCUUCGUCCAGAGAACUAUCAGACACCAUCACCCUUACCUGCUAAUGAGCCGUAUCAGCCCGGCCCCGCUCAAUACGACCGGCCCCACUCGACUGCACAAUUGGCUUCCCAUCAGUCGUACCAGCCUACCCCAGGGUCCUAUGAGCAGGCCAGGUUGCCCCACUCUGAACACUAUGAGCGUCCCGUUUCUCCCUAUGGAGAUUUAUCUCAGAGGCGCGCGUCUUUGGAUAGGGUUAUGACACAGAGUAGUCCCCCUCCUUAUUCGUUUCCUAUGACGGAUGCCCUGCACACUGCAGUUGUGCGAGAUGUAACCCUUCCCGUUGGACCAGCAAAGGGUGAUAAGAUUGUCCCUGUUGACGAAUCGGAAGGCCUCCUGCACAUUGGCAAGAUUGGGUUCCAACCCAGGGCUGGAGGAAAUAGCGACGAGAUUGCCAUCUCUCCUGGAGAUAUUCUUUACGUCAAGGAGCUAUUCCGAGACGGGUGGGCAUUGGGAUGGAAUUCUACCAAAGGCACCAGCGGAUUCUUUCCGUAUAAUUGCGUAGAGAAGUCUGGUUAGAUAUAAACCUUAUUAGAUGUCUGCUCAUGUGUUUGUAUGCCAUAUAUUUUGAUAAAUUUGUGUAGAAAGAUUAUAAACAAAAGAACGCAAGUUGGACCCUCAACA